GAACACUGAGGGAAGUUCAGCGCCAAACCACAAGAAGAAUGAAAACCCAGGACUUCCUCACGGGUACCAGCUUCCAUUUCAAUUUGGGGAGAGAGUAAAAUCUGCCCAAGGGUAGAAGUUGGAGAACUUCCUGCUGGUUCGGAUUGCAGAGAGAGAGCUUGUGCUUCAUCUUCACCCUAGCACCAGAGCUCAGAGAGAGCAGGGGUGAGUUCAGGAGACGCAGGGACAGAGCGCUUUCCUGAACACUGGCCCCGUGGCCUCCUGGCUUCCCGUUUUGAGAGCAGACAGCCAUCAUGGAACCCAAACCUCAGAAGAGUCCAGGCAAACAAUUUACAUUUUAUUAUGAAAAUGAAGUCUGCAAACAAGAUUACUUUAUUAAAUCACCACCUCCUCAGCUUUUCUUCUCUGCGACCUCUUGGAAAAAGCGGUUUUUUGUUCUGUCAAAGAAUGGAGAAAAGGGCUUCAGUCUAUCCUACUACAAAGACCAUCACCAGCGAGGGUCCAUUGAAAUUGAUCGAAAUUCCAAUGUAGAAGUUGGCAUAAGUAACCAGGAAAAGAUGCAAACUGUACAGAAGAUGUUUAAAUGCAACCCAGAUGAGGUGAUGUCCCUCAAGACAACUAGCAGGGAAUACUUCCUCAUUGGCUAUGACAGGGAGAAGAUAAAAGACUGGGUCUCCUUCAUGUCAUCAUCUUGCCAGGAUAUAAAAGCAGCACAUCAGGAUACAGAGCAGGAGAAACUCUCCCUGGAUGAUGAAAAGCCCUCUUCCAACUCCAGCCCUCUCCCUGGUCCUUCCAGCACAUGGGAGGCUGUCAACUCCAGCUCUCCAAGGGACAGUCUGCCAGACAUGAAUUUACUGGAAAAAGGUUCUCCAGGAUUCAGGCAAGCUGAUCUACCAGAUGAUGUCUUGUCAGAGACCCCUGAAGAUACGGAAGAAGAGAGUCACUACCUGAGUCCUCGUAGUGUUCUUUUAGAGCUGGAUAAUGUUAUUGCUUCCAAUGAAUCCAUUGAAUGGGAUAGUCCAGGCCAGGUCUCCAGAAGAAUGGACUGUCAUUAUAUGUCAAUGAAAUCCUGUUUUUUCAAAGAGACAUCCCAUGAGUCUGCAGAUGGCGGCAAAGAGGAACCCCAGACCUUACCGGAGACCCAGGAUGCGAGGCUUCACGUGCAAGAGCAAGACUCAGACAGCGAUUCGUGUCUUUCGCCGGCCAGUGCAGACGCGCAGGCCACAAGUGACCAAAAGGGGUCGGCCUCCCUCACAGUUGUGCAAUUGUCCAUAUUAAUCAACAACAUCCCUGAUGAAAGCCAACUGGAGAAGCUGCAUGUGUUCCUUUCUCCUCCUGAUGUCAUAAACUAUCUCACUCUCAUAGAAGCCGCAGGACGCAUAUGUGUGGCUCACUGGGGAGGUCCCCCGCGCCUGGGAUGCUUAUUUCGCCAUGGAGAUCAUCUUUUGGCAGUGAAUGACCUGAAGCCCCAGAGCCUGGAGGAGUUUUCCUUGUUUCUCACCCGAUCCAUCCAGAAGGAGAAAGUAAAACUCACCAUCAUCAGGAUCCCAAAUUCCGAGAAAUUCCAUGCUGUAGCUUGUGGGUGCCCCUUAAAAUAUCAAGGUGUUGCUCCUUGUCAACUGAAUAAGUCUGGACGGGAGAGGGAGCCAAAGAGGAGUCCAGCCAUUAAAAAGAUCCCCCCAAAAGAGUCCUGAGAGAAACAUGCCUGGGACCCACUGCAGCCCAGCGAGGAUGGAGCCAGGGCUCUGCCUACCCCGUGACACUAAGCAAGUCAAGUCGGCACUCGCUGAAUUUCUAUAUCUGCAUCUUAACAGCAGGGAUAACUGUCCCCUCUGUGGCUACCACAGUGGAAAUGGAAGGCCUCGAUAUUAUCUGAGACUUGGUUCCAAACACCACAGUCACAGACUGGGUCAGCCUCUCAAGUGGUACACGCUGUAUGCUCCACGAGGUCAUCGUCCACACAAUCCCUUUGUUAAGGAAUGUACGGUUGGAAAUACUCCUUCCAGGAAGGCAAGGUUCCCAGGAGAGAUGUGAUUACCCGGUCAGCCUUCCCAAACACCUCCUGCCUCUCAUCAUCCCCUCCAGAGUGCUGAGACACGGCAACCUCCUGGAUUCAAUAAGUAUCUUGUUUUCUUAAAGAUCCAGUAACUUUUUUUAGAAGUCAAGGCCACUUGUGGUCAUAUCCAGCAAAGAUCUGUCUGCUGUAUGAAAAAUAAGGGAACUACUUAGCACUUCAAAGUUUGAAAGUUCUUAACCAAAGGAUGCAUUAACUAAUACUGGAAAGCCAAAAGAAUCAAAUCCUUUGUAUAAAUAGGAAGACCAAGGUAGACAGCUAAAGCACUGAUCAAAUUGGGGAAUGUUAGAGCAAAAGGAGGCUUCAGGAACAAUAUCUUACAGUGUUGUCAUGGCACGUGGAAGAAAUCAUGGUCUGGAACCGGGCAAGACUUGCCUGUUCUGUGGCUCCGGGCUUCCUAGCUGUUGACUAGCAGAACCAAGACUCUAAAACCAGCUGUGGGAAGCAAAUGUCCUGAUUCUCACCUGGAAAUUUGGACUUAGAUUUGAAAAGACUUUCCACACUUAGAAGAGACGUUCAGAAAUAUAAUUCAUUUUCUGUUAUCCACAUUGUUAGGGAAGUAUAAAAAAGUUUUAUUUACAUGCCCUAUUGGACCUACUGUUUCUACUUCUAGAAAUUUAUCACGCAGAAACACUCACACAAAUACAUAAAGAUACCUGCCAAAAAGAAGCUUACUGUACCACUGUUUGUAAUAACAAUAAAACAUCAUUUGGGGAUUGCUUCCAUAGGAUUUCAUGUAAUUAACACUGCAGAUGUUAAAAAGUUCAGCAUGUGCAGUUAUAGAAAAAUGUUCGUGCUAUAUUAAAAUGAGGAAACCAACGUAUAGUACAGUAAAUAUACUAUCGUCUCAUUUUUGUAAAACUAGAUUUUUGAUGUUUGCAUCUAUAUGUAACAUUUUUUCAACUUGAAUUAGGGAGAGAUACUUACCCCGCAGUUUAAAUUGAAGCACGUUGCCUGACACAUAGUGUUAGUUGUGCUCCUAUUGCUCUGACAAGCUUUUUGGAAUUAAAAUUGAUAAUAACAUAGCUCACAUUAUUAAAAGAAUUAUCUCUGAGAAAUAUGAUGAAAGUUGGCCAUGGGGGAAGAGGCAUUUCUGCUAUGUUCGAAUUUUUUUGUUUUGCAUAUGAGCAUAUGUCACUUUUAUAAUAAAAACAUACAAGUGUGA